GUUCAGGAAGUGACGUGUGCACGUGACUUAGCUCCGCGAAACGGAGGUUACCAGAUUUGACAUCUCGUCACUUUGGAAGACGGCGACCCGACACACAACACCGCCGCCAUGCCUCCACGACUGAACGUCAGCGCAUUCACACGCUCAAUUGCCUUCAGGCCGAGGCCCCAGGUCCAAUGGCCUGCUCGCUCCGCGUUGCGAGCGACGCCCUCGCAGAGCCGCACAUAUGCCGACGACGCUCCUGCGCAAGACCGGUCCCACAAGCCCAGCUCGGAGCCCAUUGAACAUGUCUCGGAGGAGGCUGCAAAGACUGCAGAGAUUAUGGGCAAGCCAGGUCCAGAUGUCAACCAGGGCACACCGGUUGAAGACGUGGGGCCCAUAUGUAACGAGUGCGAUGAACACCGGCUAACGGGUGUUAGAUCGUCAAGGGCGACAAGGAAGCGCAGAAAAAACCUCCCAAAGGUCAUGCAGGACGCUCUCAAGCAGGGUACCAAGACGCCGGCCCCCAAGGGCUCGCGCUCCUACUCCACCAUGACUACACGCUCGGAAGAGGCAGUGGCCCCGGGUCUAGUCGAAUUGCAGGCUGCCUCCAACCUGCCGGCGACUCCUGGGCUCAAAUUUAAGGCGCCGACUCUGCCCCUGCCCAAAGACGGUCACGUCAAGCACCGGUAUGACCCCGUUGUUGAGCAAGUCACCAAUCUUCUUAUGCGGCACGGCAAGAAGGGCGUUGCCCAACGUCAAAUGGCAGUAGUCCUCCAGUACCUCCGCACUUCACCCAUUCCAACUAUCAACCCAGCGCGCCCUCUGCUCCCAGGUGCACCACCGCCAUCGCACCUUCCUUUGAACCCCGUUCUUUACCUUACACUUGCUAUUGACUCUGUCGCCCCGCUCCUUCGACUUCGCGCGCAAAAGGGUGCUGCUGGUGGUGGUGUGGCGCUGCAGAUCCCGACGCCUCUCAGCCAGAGGCAGCGGAGAAGGACAGCGAUUCAGUGGAUCUUGACAUCUGCAUCCAAGAAGAGGAAUGUGGGAAGUGGCAAAGAUAGCUUGGGACAGCGUGUCGCCAUGGAGAUGAUUUCUGUUAUCGAGGGCAAGAGUGGUAUCUGGGACAGGCGCAAUGCGGUUCACAAGCUGGGUGUCGCUGCCCGUGCCAACAUUGUGCUGCCCAGGAGGAGAUAGUUCUGGUUUUGCUGUGGUUCGGCUGGAAGACUAGCACUGGAAGGUGUACCAUAAUGUAACAAGGAAACAAGGAACGAAUGCCGCCCAAAUGAAAUUCUGCAGGAUACAGGAUCUUCGUUGCUAGAUGCCGUGCUCGUCCAUCGUGAUAGACGUGCUGGCAUCGCUCAAAAGUUGUGCCGCGGGGUCCGAAAUGCGCGAUUCACAAAUAUGGAGCUCCAC